AUGGGACAGACUGUGACGACCCCCUUGACUCUAACUCUUAACCAUUUUAAGGAUGUUCGAGCUUGUACACAUAACUUGUCUGUGGAUGUCCACAGAGGACGUUGGCAGGUUUUCUGUGCCUCAGAGUGGCCAACCUUUAACGUGUGGUGGCCUAGAGAUGGGACAUUUAACCUUACUAUUAUCCUGCAGGUUAAAGAUGUUGUUUGCAGACCUGGGUCCCACGGCCACCCGGAUCAGGUCCCAUAUAUAAUCACAUGGGAAUCCCUGGUCCAAGACCCACCACAGUGGCUCAAGCCUUUCCUCCUGGGCCCCCUGCCAACUUCUCUCUUCCCAGUUGCAGCUUCCGAGACUCCUGAGACACCCGAAGAACACCCAGGAGUUCGCCCAAAGCCCCCGGUGGGACCAAGAUCCAGGCCAGGGUUUCCUCUUCGUACUAUCAGUGGUGACAUUCAUUACUGGCCAUUCUCCGCAUCAGAUUUAUACAAUUGGAAGACCCACAAUCCUCCCUUUUCACAAGACCCCCAGGCUCUAACUUCCCUUAUUGAAUCAAUCCUCUUAACUCACCAACCCACCUGAGAUGACUGUCAACAGCUUUUACAGGCUCUCCUCGCUGUGGAGGAAAAACAGAGAGUCCUCCUGGAAGUGAGGGAAAAUGUGCCCGGGCCAAACGGGGCACCCACCCAGCUCCCUAAUGAGAUAGACCAAAGAUUUCCCUUGACACGCCCAGAUUGGGAUUUUGAGACGGCUGCAGGUAGGGAGAAGCUCCGUAUCUAUAGCCAGGCUCUAUUGACAGGUCUCAAGGGAGCUGGAAAGUGCCCCACCAAUUUGGCCAAGGUAAAAACUAUUACUCAGGGAAAGGAAGAAAGCCCUGCUGCCUUUAUGGAAAGGUUGCUGGAAGGGUUCUGCAUGUAUACUCCGUUUAACCCUGAGGCUCCAGAACAUAAGGCAACAGUGGCCAUGUCUUUUAUAGAUCAGUCAGCUCCGGAUAUAAAAGGGAAGCUGCAGCGACUAGAUGGUAUUCAGACAUAUGGAUUACAGGAUUUGGUCAGAGAAGCAGAGAAGGUGUAUAACAAGAGAGAAACCCCAGAGGAAAAGGAAGCUAGGCUAGCAAGGGAACAGGAGAGAGAGGAUCGUAGGGAUCAUAAUCAAGAUAGACAUUUGAGUAAGAUCUUGGCCGCUGUAGUGACAGAACCUACUAAAUAUAAAGGACAGGAGAGAGAGGGAGGAGAACGAAGGCGGCCCCAUGUGGAUAAGGAUCAAUGUGCUUACUGCGAGGAACGUGGACACUGGUUAAAAGACUGCCCUAAGCGUCCCAAAGAUCGAAAGAAACCUGUCCUGGUCCUGGCCCUGGGUGAAGACAGUGACUAGGCAAGUCGGGGCUCUGAAGCCCCCCCCCCCGGGCCCAGGCUAACCCUUACCGGGGGGCAAUGCACCACUUUCCUGGUAGAUACAGGUGCUCAACAUUCUGUGCUAACCCAGCCAUCGGGACCAAUGUCUUCAAAGACAUCCUGGGUACAAGGAGCAACUGGUGGCAAACUACACCAGUGGACCAACAAACGGGCUGUUAACCUUGGUACAGGUACUGUGACUCACUCCUUUUUAGUAAUUCCUGAGUGUCCUUAUCCUCUAUUAGGGAGAGACCUGCUAACCAAGUUGGGGGUUCUAAUUCAUUUCUCAGAGGAAGGAGCAACAGUAUUAGGCUCCAGGGGAGCACCUAUACAGGUCCUCACCCUCAAAUUGCAGGAUGAAUACCAGCUAUUUCAGACUAGCCCCAAUGACCCCCUUCCUGAAGACAGCCCCUGGAUCCAGCAAUUUCCCCAAGCCUGGGCGGAGACUGGAGGGCUAGGACUGGCCCAUACGCAGCCUCCUAUUAUUGUGACUCUCAAACCCACGGCUAUACCGGUCUCUAUAAAACAAUAUCCUAUGAGCCAAGAGGCCCGAAUGAGCAUCAAGCAGCAUAUUAAUCGAUUCCUACAAUUAGGGGUCCUAAGACCUUGUCACUCUCCCUGGAAUACUCCGCUCUUGCCUGUCAAGAAACCAGGAACACAGGACUAUAGACCAGUACAGGACCUCUGAGAAGUAAACAAAAGGGUGGUGGACAUCCAUCCCACGGUGCCUAACCCUUAUAAUUUUCUAAGUACCUUGAGGCCAGGUUUUACCUGGUAUACUGUCUUAGAUUUAAAGGGCACUUUCUUUUGCUUGCCUUUGGCCCCUCAGAGCCAACCAUACUUUGCCUUUGAAUGGAAGGACCCCGAGCUGGGGCUCUCGGGGCAAGUUACCUGGACACGCCUUCCCGAAGGUUUCAAAAACUCACCUACUCUUUUUGAUGAAGCGCUCCACCAGGAUUUGACUGAUUUCCGUGUCAUGCACCCAGAAAUAACUCUCUUACAAUAUGUAGAUGACCUCUUAUUGGCCGCCCCCACCCAGGAGGCCUGUAUUGAAGCUACUCAACAUCUACUCCAGGAACUGGGUGACAAGGGCUAUCGGGCCUCAGCUAAAAAGGCACAACUCUGCAGACAAGAGGUAACAUAUUUGGGCUAUAUUCUCAAAGAAGGGAAAAGAUGGCUAACUAAGAGCCACAUAGAGACAGUGGCCAGGAUCCCUCCGCCACACAACCCUCAGCAACUCAGAGAGUUCCUAGGAACUGCUGGGUUCUGUCAGUUAUGGAUCCCUGGCUUUGCUGAAUUAGCGGCUCCCCUGUAUCCUCUCACUCAAAAUAAAGACUCUUUCAAGUGGGAUAAACCCCAACAACAGGCCUUUGACACAAUAAAAAAGGCUCUCUUGUCUGCCCCGGCCCUCAGGAUACCUGACACUUCCAAGCCUUUCACUUUAUUCAUAGAUGAAAGGGAUGGCGUUGCUAAAGGUGUGCUAACCCAGACCUUGGGGCCGUGGAAACGACCAGUGGCUUACUUGUCCAAACAAUUAGAUACUGUCGCUGCUGGAUGGCCUUCUUGCCUGCGCAUCAUGGCUGCCAUGGCCUUGUUGACCAAAGAUGCCAACCAACUGACUCUGGGACAACCCUUGACUGUCAUCACGCCUCAUGCCUUAGAGUCUGUAGUGCGACAGCCUCCUGACAGAUGGAUUAGCAAUGCCCGUCUCACCCACUAUCAGGCUUUGCUCUUAGAUUCUGAUUGUGUCACCUUUGGUCCCCCAGCUACUCUCAACCCAGCUACCUUGUUGCCAGCCCCAGACCAGGCACAAGAGACUCCACAUGACUGUCACAAGGUAAUGGCAGAAACGCAUGGUACACGAGAAGACCUACAAGAUCGUCCUAUCCCAGAGGCUGAUCAUACUUGGUAUACUGAUGGCAGCAGCUUCCUGGAUUUAGGUAUCAAAAGGGCUGGGGUGGCUGUGGUAGAUGGACAGAAAGUCAUCUGGGCACAGGCCCUUCCUCAAGGGACUUUGGCCCAAAGGGCAGAACUUGUCACCCUAAGCAAGGCAUUAGAACUUUCCAAAGACAAGAAAACUAAUAUUUACACUGAUAGCCGAUAUGCAUUUGCCACUGCUCAUGUCCAUGGGAGUAUUUAUGAACAAAGAGGACUUCUGACCUCAGAGGGCAAGGAGAUUAAAAAUAAGCCUGAAAUUAAAGCUCUCCUCAAAGCUCUAUUUCUGCCAAAACAAGUGGCUAUCAUACACUGUCCAGGACACCAGAAAGAACAAAAUCCUGUCGCCAUGGGAAACCAGGAGGCGGAUCAGGUGGCAAAACAAAUAGCCAAGUUGGGACUCCUGGUAUUGUCUAUCGGGGCUAAAGAACCCCCUCAACCUGAGGCUUAUAACUACUCUCCCGAGGACCAGGCCAAGGCCCAAGCCCUAGGAGCUAUAUUUGACCCAGUUUCCAAAAAUUGGACAAAAGACGGUAAAACUGUCCUGCCAGCCCUCGAUGCGGCUGCCAUGGUCCAACAAAUGCAUGCCCGGACCCACCUAGGAUCAAAGAAGCUUCGACAGAUCCUGGACAAGAUAGAAUUCAUCAUCCCUGGAGCUGCUGCCCUGGUUGAUAAAACUGUAACUACUUCUCAGGCUUGUCAACAAGUCAAUGCUGGCAGGAACCAAGUCCCAGAAGGGACCAGGGUCCGUGGAGACAGACCAGGAACUUACUGGGAAGUGGAUUUUACUGAAGUAAAGCCCCCAGCUGCGGGUUAUCGAUACUUAUUAGUUUUUAUAGACACUUUUUCAAGAUGGAUAGAAGCUUUCCCCACCCAGUGAGAAACAGCACAGACAGUGACCAAGGUCAUCCUGGAAGAUAUCUUUCCUCGGUUUGGAUUUCCCAAGGUAAUCAGGUCAGAUAAUGGGCCGGCCUUCGUCUCCCAUGUAAGUCAGGGACUGGCCAAGAUCUUGGGGACUAAUUGGAAUUUGCAUUGUUCUUACAGACCCCAAAGUUCAGGACAGGUAUAAAGAAUGAAUCGGACUCUAAAAGAGACCUUGACUAAAUUGACCAUUGAGACUGGCUUAAAAGAUUGGAGACGCCUCCUACCCUUUGCUCUAUUCAGAGCCAGAAACACUCCCUCACGCUUUAGCCUAACCCCCUAUAAAAUCCUGUAUGGGGGACCACCCCCUUUGUCUACUACACUUAAUUCUUAUCAACCUUCUGCUUCCAAAACUGACUUACAGGCCCGCCUUAAAGGACUCCAGGCAGUUCAAGCCCAAGUUUGGGCCCCACUGCCCGAACUUUACAAGCUUGGCCACUCUCAGACAGCGGGACAUCCCUUCCACGUUGGUGACUCUGUCUACAUCCGUCAACACCGGUCUCAAGGACUCAAACCUCGCUGGAAGGGGCCUUACACCGUCCUCCUCACCACACCCACCACUCCCAAGGUCGACGGAAUAGCCCCCUGGGUUCACGCCUCUCACUCCAAAGCUGCACCAGCGACUCUUGACUCUGCCCAGAGACACCACGAUGGCAGCUCCAUCGCUCCCAAGAUCCACUCAAGAUAA